UGACAGCAGUCGCGAUACAGAGUGAAAUGUGUAAGUUUACCUGCUCAAAGUCACAGCAGCAGACGUGAAAGUGACACGAAACGUGUUUAAACAUCUCUUUCCGGCAACAUGAAGCCCUGCAGUCGCGGGUGAGGUGUGAUUUGAGCGUGUUUUGGUGAGGAAAUGGAUAGUGACUGACUGCUGUUUAUGUAAGUGGAUGGUGACUGGACUUUAUCAGUCCAUAGUUGUGUGCGUAUGAGGUUAGCAGACAAACUUCAGGGGAAUGUUUCGUCAAACUGCCAUCAGAGCCCGAUAAAGUCGGCGUUUGUCCUCCUGAAUUCGUGUAGAGACCUACAACAGGUGCGGUCAGAGAAUCAGGUGUGUGUGUUUUGUGUCCUGCCAGCGAGCCCUCCUGUGUGCUGGUGUGUUUGAAUGGGUGAGGUUGGCAUGGGCAAUGCAGUUCAGGGACGCCAGGGGGCGCUCACACAGGGUGAGGUUCUGCCACGCCCCUCCUCCAGCCAAUCGGAGGGUUUUAAACAGGGUCGUUCGAUGUUGAACUCUCUGCUCUCUGGGGCGUUUGCCGGGGCCGUGGCUAAAACAGCAGUUGCCCCUCUGGACCGAACCAAAAUCAUCUUCCAAGUGUCGUCCAAUAGAUUCUCCGCUAAGGAGGCGUACAGGUUAAUUUACCGCACAUAUCUUAAGGAUGGGUUCUUCAGUCUGUGGAGGGGGAACUCGGCCACUAUGGUUCGUGUUAUUCCGUACGCCGCCAUCCAGUUCUGCGCCCAUGAACAGUACAAGAGGAUUCUGGGAAACUAUUAUGGCUUCCAGGGCAAAGCUCUGCCUCCUGUGCCAAGACUGCUGGCUGGUUCACUGGCGGGCACCACAGCUGCCAUGAUCACAUACCCACUGGACAUGGUCCGGGCACGCAUGGCCGUCACGGCCAAAGAGAUGUACAGUAACAUCCUGCAUGUGUUUGUGCGUAUCUCUCGUGAGGAGGGACUGAAGACUAUCUAUAGGGGAUUCACUCCUACUAUACUGGGCGUCAUACCGUACGCUGGGCUCAGUUUCUACACCUACGAGACCCUAAAGAAACUCCAUGCAGAGCAAACGGGGCGCCCGCAGCCGUACUCUUACGAGCGUCUGGCGUUUGGAGCGUGCGCGGGGUUGAUCGGUCAGUCUGCCUCCUACCCGCUGGACGUGGUGCGCAGACGCAUGCAGACGGCGGGCGUCACCGGUCACACCUACAGCACCAUCGCCGGCACCAUGCGGGAGAUCGUAGCGGAGGAGGGCGUCAUCCGCGGCCUCUACAAGGGCUUGAGUAUGAACUGGGUCAAAGGUCCAAUCGCUGUCGGUAUCAGCUUCAUGACCUUUGAUGUAAUGCAGAUCCUCUUGCGGAAAUUUCAGCAGUUAGGUUAUAAUGCGCGGUAGCCCGCAGGGGGCGGCAGAGAGAGAUGAGAAGAUGAAAUCACAGCUGCACUCCAGUAAGCUCACAUCAGUGGAUGAACAAAAGACGUUUCAUGGCAGCAUCAAGGCAUCAGAUGGUGCAAGCAUCUCAUAAAAGUUGAGCUGCGCCUGUCGCGCAAGAAAACGGGAAUAGACGUUUAAUUGAAUCUAAAGCACAUGCUGCCAUUGGGUGUGGUGUCUCUCACAUGCAUAUGCAGAAACCUAAUAGUUUUGACAAAUGUGUGAUGUUUACUGUUUAAAUUUGAACUUUCUGAUCAAAGACUUUGCAGACGUGUGUUUGGUACAGAGAUACACUGAAUGAAUGUCCUGCAUCUACUGCUGUCACAGACCGGACGUCCUGUGUGCAAUAUUUACUGUCCUGAAUGUCUUUUUGGACACACAUGGUAUGCAGUGCUUACAGUUUUUUCCUGUGUUUCUACAGUAUAUGUAAAAAAUGCUUUUAUCAACUUUCUGCCAAGUCUCAAAAAUUACUAAUCUUCCCAAACCCAUUCUAACAAUGUUUCUUCCUCUGUAGAUAUUUUGCAGAAUGUUUAUGCUCUUCUUUCCAUACGAUGAAAGCAUACAGUGGCCAGUGACUGCCAGGCGUCAACACUAAUGCAUUUUAGUUUGAAAACGCAUUAAUUUAGCUACGUUUACACUAGAAGGCGCUUUCCUCAACCAAAAACUAGGGAUGCACCGAUACCGCUUUUUCGAUUCCAAUAUCUGAAAUUUCCGUAUCGGCCAAUAUCGGCUCCGAUCCUAGUGUUGUAUAGAGUUGUAUAGAUAUGUAGAAUAUCUAUACCUCAAUGCGUGGAAAUAAUUACGGGGACUCUUAUAUGUAAAGAAACACAAACGUCUAAUUGCAUUAUAAAUGUAUAGCCUAUUAAGACAAAACUAGUCAAAAUUAACAGUAAUUCGGUAGAAAAGAAGCCAAUUUUCUUUGCAUAAUUGUUUCAACUUUUAAAUGCAUCAUUAAUCAGUCGUGCACCUUUAACUCGAACUUUUAUUUUGACGGUCGGGACACUCCAGGACGUCCUAUAAGUGUCUGUAUGUGGGCUCGUUCACAGUAGUUUCAUUCGCCGCUUAUUCAGUUUCUGGUAAAAUGCUUCUCUGGUGCCGUUCUAAGUGCAUAUGAGAAGUGAACCGAACGAUUGAGCAUCUACAUCUGAUGUGUUUGUUCAUGAGUAGCGCUCAAAUGUGAAAACAGCCGCGACUUCCUUACUAGCCUGCGCAUGUUACGUAUGUGUGUCCACAGCUGCGCCAUUCACUAAAAUGCACUGUGCAUGCAUACUGUGUAUUUCCUUAUAGAUCACAACGUUUCGCGAUUCACAAAGCUAUCGCAUGUCUUUAUGUGGGUUUGAAUAAAAUGCAUGGGUCGUCUGGACUAAUUUAAUGGUGCUUUUAUGAAGCUUGACCGUAACGAGCAUGACUAACACUGUGGAUCGGGCUCGUUGGGCCGUUACCUGGUCUGUCUAAAAACAUGAGUAUUGGAGCCGAUAUCGGUAUCCAGGUAUCGGAUCGCUGCAUCCCUCGCCAAAACGGAGACUUUCGAAAAUAUGACGUUAGGAAACACACAAUUAAUACAAAUAAAAAUUUUUAAAUGACCGUGUGCGAUUUUAUAAAACAACAAACGGCUGUAAUUUGAGUAAUAUUUUUAUUAUAAAUAGUCUGCAUGUGCUGCUCACUUCAAAGUUUUGUGCGCUGCUCUGUUAGUGUAAUAUUACAGUGUUUUUAGAGCGGUUCUGUGCUCCACAACUCCUCUCAUGCUCAGACUACGUCUACACCAAUCCGGAUACAUUUGAAAACAGCGUUUUUGUUUCAAAACGCUCUCCGUUCACACUAACGUUUUCGCUUAAAUCGUGUCACUGCGCAUGCGGGAAAUCCCGCUGCAUGUACGGUCUGAAACGCAAUUAUCCUCGUGUUCCGUCGCCGGGCACAAAUUCCGAGUAAACUUCCCUUCGCCUUUGAAGGAACGGAAUGUGAAGGUUGUACAACGUAACAUUUAUUGUUUAACAACGCUAUCAAAGUGAGUAUCAAGUACAACAGCGCCGCUAUAACGCGGGCCGCCAUCUUGAUUGUUUUGGUUGGAUAGAUCACAUGACUUAAAAUGCAUCAUAGUUUUCCAAGUUUGUUUCAUUGUAAGACGUAAGAUCCAUUUUAAUUUCAUAACAAAAAUCCUUAAAAUUUUUAUAGGAGUUAAAAAUUAUGCAAAUUUAAUGGAAUUAUUUGCUAUGAAUUUGAAAUGUGUAAAUCUUGAAAAUAGGCUACAAUAUAAUAUCGAACAUAGUUUUUUUGUGUGUACCAUAUCGCGUUCAAAUUGUAAUCGCAAUAUCUUUCAAAAUAAUCGCAAUAUGACUUUCCGUCCAAAUUGUGCAGCCCUACUUGAAACGUAACCAUAGUAGUGUGAACGUGGCUUAACCGUAUUACUAAAGUCUCAAAAAAGUAGUCCAUAUGACUCGAACACUAUAUUCCAAGUCUUCUGAAGCCAUACGAUAGCUUUGUGUGAGGAGCAGAUGGAAAUCUAAGCCGUUAUUCACUGAAAAUCUUACCCUGAAAAGCUCUCAAAUGUUCUCAUUCGCGUUUUUGAUUAUUCAAAUUGUGCUGCGAGAUGACGCGUCACCCCCCGGGGUUGCAGUCAGUCACCAUUUGCUUUCAUUAUAUGGAAUAGAGGACAAUAAUCAUUCUGCUUAAGAACAUCUUACGUGCAUCAUAGUAGAAAGUAAGUCAGGUUUGGAACAAUAUGAGGAGGAGUCGAGUAAAUGUUCAUUUUUGCGUGAACUAACCCCGUUAACCUUUUAACCUUUAGUGAAGGUCAUCUGACCCAUGACAGUGGAGUAAAAUGAUCUCUAUAUAUUUAGAGGAACUGAACGUGAGUAUGGUUUGUUUUAGUGAUCCGUUUGUUACCUCCUCUUUAAACUUUGCACUUGAUGUACCCUAUAUGUUGUCGUGCACACCGACUGAUCGAUUGAGAGUGUGUCUUCAGUCUUCUCCUCCUGUAGCGUGUUUUACUGUCCAUGACGUGCGUUUUGCGUCUUGCACAUGUAUUAAUCUGACAGAUUUGGACACCCAAGUGCCUAAAAAGCGAGAGCAGCAACAUAUGAACACAUCUACAUCAUCUCCACAUGGGUUUUAGUAUUAGACUAAAGUUGAACUGCAUCAAAUGUUCAUUAAGUUUGUUCCCCGGUGUGUUUUAUGAAUUUUGAGAUUUUAAAAUGUAUAGUGUUAUUCUAGUUUUUUGUUCAUACUCGGAUCAAAGUAUUGGAUUAUAUGAAAUCUAUGCUCUAAAAAGAGAUUUAUCUGGGUGAAUUUCACGUCAAGGUCAUGUCCAGGUCAUAUUAACACCCAAAACAAAAACAUUUAAUAUUAAGAAAAAGAAACUGUUUUUUUAGGGCUAUUAUAGUUUUGCUUUGUGUCAUUUAUUUUCACGAUAAAUAUAUGCCCCCCAUUCCCAAAUUCUUAGUGUUAGCCUACUGGAAUGCACAAAAAAAAUUAGUAAAUCUUAAUUUAAUCCUAAAAAAUGAUAAUAUAUGAUUUAAAUUGUACCGUACUGAUGUACUGAUUUUAAUGAAUCCAGAUUUUUGUUAAAAAUUGUGUCUUGACAUGAAGAUUUUCAGAUUGUAUGUGAAAAAGUAAGUGAACCCUUGGGUUUAAUAACUGGUUGAUCAUCCUUUGGCAGCAAUAACCUCAAUCAAGCCUUUCUGGACUGGUAGAUGCGGACAAACCUGCACAACGUUCAGAAGGAUUUCGGGAUCAUUCUUCCUUACAGAACUGCUUCAGCUCAGACAUAUUCUCAGGAUGUCUCUGGUGUGAACGGCUCUCUUGAGGAAUCAUCUCCAUUUAUAGACAGUUUGUCUCACUGUGGAUGGAUGAAUAUCUAACGGCCACUUCUAGUGAGAGUACCUAUAGUACUAAAUCAUCUCCAUUUAUAGACAGUUUGUCUAACUGUGGACGGAUGAAUAUCUAACGGCCACUUCUAGUGAGAGUACCUAUAGUACUAAAUCAUCUCCAUUUAUAGACAGUUUGUCUAACUGUGGACAGAUGAAUAUCUAACGCCCACUUCUAGUGAGAGUACCUAUAGUACUAAAUCAUCUCCAUUUAUAGACAGUUUGUCUAACUGUGGACAGAUGAAUAUCUAACGGCCACUUCUAGUGAGAGUACCUAUAGUACUAAAUCAUCUCCAUUUAUAGACAGUUUGUCUCACUGUGGACGGAUGAAUAUCUAACGGCCACUUCUAGUCAGAGUACCUAUAGUACUAAACGUCAGCAGAUGCUUCUUAUGAAUAUCAAACUCAAAAUAUUUGAGUGCUUUUUAUAAGUCAGAGUAGCUCUAACCCACACGUACAAUCUCAUUAAAUUAAUUAGAUGCCAGGUUUGCCAUUGAUGAUUCUAAUAAGCUUUUGUUGACGUCAUUAGCCUAUGGGGUUCACAUACUUUGUCCAACCAACACCGUGAAUGUUUGAAUGAUGCGUUCAAUAUGUGUGUUAUUAGUUCAAACAGAUUGUGUUUGUUCAUUAUUGUAACUUAGAUGAUCAAACCAGAUUUUAAGACAAAUUUAUGCAUAAAUGCAGAAGGUUCACAUACUUUUUCUUGACAUUGUACUAACGAGACAAUCACAGAAUACUAAAACAAAGAAUAUUAUUAUUAUUAUCAAUUAUUAUAACACGACUGAUAAAUGUGAUAUCAGGUUUGAUUGAAGUCUGUGUUUGUUCACUUGGAAGAAUAUAAUUGCAAGAGUCUGGAACUCUGUUUCUGGAAGAUGUCUGACUUUUCUGAUCACUAAAUUCGUGCAUAUAUUCAUGUAAAGAUUUGCGAUGAGAAACUGAGGAUUUGUAGGAUUCGCUGUGAUUUCUUCUGAUUCUGGAUCAUGAAAUUAAUUGAAUGCAUCUAAUGUUCUGACAUUAAACAAUUGUGAGGAUUUGU